ACACACAUUAGUAACUUUGUCGAGAGUGGAGGAGCAAAGAAAAAAUUCAAGAAAACCCGUGAGAAACGAGACUAGAAAUAAAUUAAUUUAAUUAAGGCGGUUUGAAUGGCUCAUUCACUGUCGCCACCGUCAUUUCAUAGUUAUCAAGUUGCUGGAACUGAAUCUCAGCGUCACAUUGGUGGAUAUGGAAGUAGCAGCUAUAGACAUGUCAAUCGAAAUGAUAUGUUGACGAAAGAUAAAAAUACGUCAGAUUCUAAGAUGAAUUUCGUUUUAAGCUCGCUUAAAGGCAAACCAUGGGCAGCAUUUGCAGAAUCAAUGGGAAUUGCAUCAAGCGAUGACGAAACAGAUGGAGAAGCAACUGACGACGAUCCAAUCUCAGCUUCACCAGCUAAUUGUCGCCCAAAAGGUUCCAUCGUUCGUCUUGAAAAGAAAGACAGUUCAAUUUAUGGAUAUUGUCCUCAAACUGAUCCUUGCAUUCUUGUUGUAUGUCGUUACUGCCGAAUGGUGCUUAAAGCUCCAAGUCUUAAACGUCAUAUCGAUCGUCACGAAAAGAAUCGUCAGGAGAAAGAUAAGAAACCAGAAUAUAGCGAAGCGGUUGUUAAACUUGAAAAGCUUGGAAAUGUUGCAGGAAGAUCUCAAAGUGUCGAUAGAACAAGUGGCGUAACUGAAAAGUUCGAUAAAAUAACUGUCGUUCAUGAAAGUUUUGAGAAAACUCCUGAAAUUAUUUCUAAUUUCAAUGCUGUUGAGAAGGUUGAGAAGUCCUCAGACUCAAAGCGUCAUCGUCACUUUCAGAAGAAAUCCACGGCGCCCUCGGAAAGUUCCAACGACGCCGUUUACUUUGAGCCUCCGUCGACGCAAACGGUAUCAUCUACGACAGAAUCAUCAAGUGCGAGUAACAGCCCGCAGCCAAAACGUCGUAAACGAAAGCAUGUCGAAUCAACUGUGGAAACAUUCCAAAGCAGUGCACCUGCAUCUCAAACAACGUGUCGCAUCAUUGUCGAACCAUCGGAGAUAGUUAUAAGAGAUGCAAGUUCGCCACCACCAUUGGCACCGAUAACAAAUGAAGCCCCAUCAGUUUGGAUUGUAACGCCAUCGCCUGCAGUCAUUAUUGAUGGGUCAUUUGUUGUUAAACCACUUUUGGACGCACAGGAAGCCGAACCUGAGAUAGAUUUGAAAGAUUUAAAAGUUCUCAAACCUGUCGUAAAAGAACCUUUACUGGAAACUCCCACGCUUUUGACACCGUCUAAUUGGUAUGCAAAUCAGCCAAGACCAUUAGCGGUGAAUACUUUCAACAUGAGAAAAUUAAAUGCACAACGCUAUGUUAUGGCAACUCAGCGAAAACUUAUCGAACUUGGUCGAAAUUUAAGAACAGAAGAGAAAACUGUUGGUGGAAAAGUCCCACCGAAAACAUGGAGCUUUAUUGAGAGAAGCCAAGUGUUCAUACCUUUUCGGGUAACUCAUUAAAUUAUCUACAUCAAAUCAAAUUGAAGGGUUCGUUUAAAGAAUACUAGGGAAAAGCAUAAAAAUAACUUAUAGGAAACAAAAUUAAAAAUUCAAUGUUUAAAUUUGAUGACUUUAAAGAAAAAACAAAAAUCAUCUCCAAACCUCUGUCAACAUAAAAGAAAAUUAAUGAAAAAUCAAUCUCAUUGUAUAAAAAAAAUUAGUAAUUUGUUGUAAGCCAGUAAAAUUUAAUCAGAAGUUAUUAAGAGGCUUAAACUUCCUUCUUCCAAUAAUCAAACAUGUCCAAAUAGAAUCCCCUUUAACUAAAGUAAUUAUUACCCUUGUGUGCUAACAAAGAAAUUGAUGAAAACAAAAUUAACGAAAAUUCUCUGCUUAAAUGUAUAUAAACUUACAAAUUCUGUCGUGAAAAAAAUUCAUAAUUCUGAUAGCAUAAAAUAAUUUCCAUCUCGGUAUAACUAUCGAACAACAGAAGAAAAGACCCUGGAAGAUGAAGCGCAUUAAAUAAGAAUGAAGAAUCAACGUACCGGGUUACAUAACGACACUUUAAUUCUAAAAUAUUAAAGGAAAAUGAAACUUUACUGUAAAUUUAUUUGAAAAUAAUCCAUUGAAGUCUGAAGUAUUUAAUUUAUGUGACUGUCACCAUGAAAAUUUAAUUAAAUGAUAACUUACGACCGACAUAGAAAACGAAAUGUUAAUUUUUGUAAAUGUCACUUUUUUCUAUGUUUUUUUUAUUAAAAAUUAGAGAGUUAAACAUUGAUUGAUAAACUGAAGAAUUGAAACUUCAAACUUGAUAAUAAUAAUUUCUUAAUUUUGAUUUUGUCGAAUUUAGACUGAUGUGCGAUCAUUUUUCUGUAACCAGUAAAUUAUCUAGAUCAAAAUCAUAGAAAACUGAUUGUUUGUAGAAUUUUAAAUUGUAAGUUCUUUAUUAUUCUCAUAGUUUAAAAAUUUUAUGCUUUAUAACCAGGACAGACACAUACAUAGAAUGUUAGAAAUGAAAUCAUAAACUAUGAUAAACUAAUAAAAAAUUCAACAAGGGAAAAACAGUAUUAAUUGCAGAAAUAAACCAAGUGUUGCAUUUAUUUCAUUUAUGAAAAGUUUAUACGAAUUUUCAGAGUGUUUAAAUUAUUAUGAGUAAACAAAGUUGCUUCAGAAGUAUGCCCAGGAUUUCAACUCAGCUCAAGCGUACAAAAUGUAAUUAAUUAAUAGUGAAGACAUGUGCGUAUGUUUAUUUUCUAUCUCGAAUUUUCGUCAAAGUUGAAAUACAAAGAAAAUAUUUGAUACAACACUUUUUUGUUUAUUUUUGUUGACUUCUUAACGUGUGUCACUCAAUUUUUUUAUCCUCAUUUUCACAGAUUUUCAUCAUUUUUCACAUUCGAUUAUGCGGAAAUUUUGUUUUUCUAUUUUUACUAUUUUGAUUUUUGUUUCGUCGCGGUCUCUAAAUUAUUUUUCGAUGUUUCAAGUGUGAUGUCUUUUAAAUAUUUCAAGAUUUUUAUUGAAGACACUUCCAGAAAAAAUAAAUUUAAUCUUGACAUGAGAUGAAAUUGUUGAGAAACUUGUGACAUGCUUUGAAGUCAACCAGAUAGACUUUCCGGCAUUCUUUCUUCUCAACAAUAUGUCUUUGUUCUUCGCCAAGUCCGAACAUCCAAGUAAAUUCUUUAAUUGCAUGUUGCCAGUUCUCAAAUUUCUUAAGUUCUUCAAACAAUUUCUCUAUUUGUUCUUGAUUGAGUUCUCGUGAGGCUUCAUAUUCCGUUUCAAUAGAUGAAAGUAGAUUAGUAACGGUUGCAAAACUUUCACUGGCCAUUUUAUU